AUGGAAGAUAAACAAAAUAUUUCUGACAAAUUAACUGAUAAUGUCAAAUCACAAAUUCCAAAUAUUGUUUCUGAUUCAAAACAAGAAAAUAUCCAAAAUAAACCAAAAAGUGACAAUGAUCCAAAAAUUUUACAAAUUAAUUUACAAAUAAAUGACACUCCAAAGCAAGAUAAUGAGAUAGUUAAUGCAAAUCAAAUCAAAGAAACAAAGACAAAUGAUGAUACAAAUGAAGAAAAAGUUACUGAUUUCAGUCAAGUCAUUAAACCAGAGCAAAACAAUGAGAAAAAGAAUGAAAAACAAGUCAAAAUGCCGAAGAUGCCCCCUUCUCCACCUCCAAGUCUUCAAGUACAAGAUAAACCACAGACAGCUCCAAGAAGACACACUCCUUCACCUUUGUCAUCAAAUAUUAAUAAUUCUUCACAACAAAAUCAAGAAAAACAAAUUUCUCAACCUGUCAAAAGUGAAGUGACUACUUAUAAUGAUGUUGAUCUUAAAAGUGAAAGUAAAAAUAGCUCAUCAUCAGAUAUAAGAGUUACAGAACCAAAGUACAAAGUUGAAGAUGACAUUCCGAAAGAAAUUGAAAAAUCUCCAAUUAUUUCUAAUGAUGAAAAUUAUAAUUUUGAUAAAAGUGACAAAUUCAUCACUUAUGUCAAAUCAGAAUCAGAGAAACUGACAAUAUUUGAUGAUGACGAAACCAUUGAUGUUCCGAAAUUAAACAUCCAUUCACCAGGUAACCGCAAUAACCGUCAUUUGUCAUCUCACAAAUCAUUACCACAAGAUAUGGAAAAAACUGUUAUAGAAAGCGAACUUUCUGAGCCAAGAAGUGCCAGAGUUGCAUGGACAAGAGCUCUUCUCAAUGCAUCCCCUCUUGCAGAAGUCCCUGUUCCUCAUUCCGCGAGAAAGAGAAUGAGUUUGGAUCCAAUUGCCGUUUAUCAAAAAAUGAAAAAUGCAAAAAGUGACAUCGACAUUGAUCCACAGAUGCAACCGGUCAAAUACAGGCAGAAAUUCUUUAGAAGGGAUAAAGGCUUCAUGAUGACAAUGAAUUCAUUAAAGACAACAGCUUUGCCACGUUUAUUUCCUCCCUCUGAAUUUUCUGACGCUGAUUCAGAACAUUCUAGAAAUGAUAUUGAUUAUUUCUAUUCAUUAAAGAGGAAUAGAAGAUCUCCAACACCUCCCGUUGUUUGCAAACAUGCUUUGCAGAUUAAACCUGACAAGAUAAACAAACGUCCAAAGACAAGCGACAGAAAGAACAAUUCUAAAGCUUUGAUGGACAAAACAAGCCUUGAUUACCAAGAGAUCAAUGAAUUGUACGGUCGUGGACAUCACGAACUACAACCUAUUAUGGAGAGUUCUUCUGUUUAUAGCGAUUACGAUGAAGAAAUUUCUCCUUCAACUCAGAAAAUUAACAAAAGAAAGACACACACAGCAAUUUACACUUAUUAUACUGUUGAAAGCAGAAAAAAUAACGGAAAUAGAUUGGUGGAUUCUUUGAUUAUUCAGCCUUAUAAAGUACAUCACCAAGAAAUAGAAAAGAGUCCUCACGCGAAGAUAGUUGUUCCUUCUAAGAAAUCUUCUCGGAAAUAA